AUGUUUCAAGAUUUACCCGUCGAGGUUAUCCGACAGAUUGUCGGAUUUUUGCCUACCGUUUCAGCGAUCAUCAACCUCUCGCUCACAAACCGCAAGAUCCAUUCCAUUGUUUCGGCAGACGACUAUGGCGUCUUUCGAAAGUUUGUCCAAAGAUGCUUUCCAACAAUCAAGUCGCCUCCAUAUUGGAAGGAUGUCGCGCGUACCUUGACAUCACGAUCGCGAGCCUGGGACCGCCGAGCAUUCAUUGCUGAAGAAUGCUGCCCGCCCCCCGACGACGGCGGCUACCCACCUCAAACCACCACUGGUUUUUCAAUUGGCUAUCGACCGGUCAUUGACAGUUAUGAGACGUGGCCAGCAGGGUCAUGGGCAGACCGAAAAGAAGUGCUUGCGUGGGGAGCAGCGGGGAGACUACGCCUUCGAACUAUUGAAAACGGCGUGACAACUUGGAGCUCGUUCAGAGUCCCAGAUGAUCACAGACAAGAACUAGAUAUUCUAGACGUCAGGAUUUUGCGGCCCCAUCAGCACGAAAACCCCGGUGGCGAAACGAUUGUCCUGCAAAGAGCAAAUCAAGAAGUCGUCAGUAUCGAGAGUUCAUCUAAGCCCGACGCCUUUACGCACAAGUCUCGCUAUACAGACCUGCCAGAUGAAUUUACCUGUAUGGAUAUCAGCCAGAGCACUGAGCCUAUCCUUGCAGCUUGUGGAGACCAUCGCAUCAACCUGUACCCGGUGAUCUGCCCAGACGAAGCUGUGCGACCCGCUAGCUCCACUAAGAUGGAAGAGAGACAAAACGUUCGAUCACGCAUGCGGUGUGUCAAGUUUCUGUCCGAAAGCAUCGUCGCCAUUGCCAACCAAUACCUUGAGGGCCGAGGGUGCGCCCCAAUCCACAUCUACAAUAUUACCCCUGCUGGCGUCUCCUCAACACCGGUCGCUGAAUCAGUGCCCUUCCCUGAAUCUAGUCAACUAUGGAUGGGCCGGCAUAGCUCCAGUGUUAUUGUCGGGCUAGAUGACGUAGGAACAAGCGGAAGCCGUCCCCAACAGCUGUUCUUGUCCGGCUGGACUGAUGGGACCGCCCGGCUCUAUGACAUUAGAACCCCUCAAAGAUCAGUCUCAGAGUACGUUGAUCCUGUGGAUAUCGGCCAGAUUAUCUCCCUCCUACCCAUUGGCCACGAACGCUUCCUAGCCGGCAGCAGUCACAACGGUUGCUUGAAGACCUUCGAUUUCCGUAUGCCGGGAGCUAGAGCGUACUCGUAUCUGGAUGCGCGCCCAGCCCAUUCUGCAGACCGUCUCAAGGGCCCGACGCAACAACGAGACGUCAACAUCUUCCUCACACCCACGGUUAACAUUAGUGAACGACUCUGGGAACCACUGUCACGUCACCCUCGCAGACGCUCUCAGCGCUACCGUAGCUGUGUCUAUUCCUUGUCAAGCCCCUCACCAAGCUCCCCUACGGUCUACGCCGGGAUAGGGAACCACGUGUUACAACUUGACUUCAUUUCUACUGACGACUUUCGCAAUGGAUACAGAGUCUCAGGCCUCCAUCAUCCCAGGCACAAUAUUCCCCCAUCCGCGUGGGACAAGGUCACUCGGACGCAAGUGUUGAACUUUUCAUGCUAUGAAAGACCUAGAGAAGGCAAAGAAAGCACGGAUCCUCUUCUGCUGAGGAAACAAGCCGACCUGAUUGACGAAUUGGCGAAUCAUAAUAUAGUCAGCGACGGGGAGAGGGAAGAUGGAUGGGACGAACGGUGGCGAUUGAAUACCAAAGACAGUGGGUUUAGGGACCCAGAUUGGCGCCGCGCUAGGUGA